GGCAGUUCAGGGUUUCAUAUCUGCCUCCGCUUCCUCUCGACUCCCUCCUUUUGCUUCCCUGAGCCCCGGAGUCGGUCGGUCCUGCACUUCCCCCAGCCCCCCCACAUACCUGCAGAGCAUCCACGGUCCUCUCCCCCCUCCUCCGCAGCCUGGGACGGGACAGUCGCACUGCAGCAGCAGAGACUGGAGGAAACUACUUUUUAACCCGAGAGCUGAGUCCAUCCUGCACCAGCUGAGAUGCUGCUGAGGAGAAUCCGACAUGUUCUUCCACUUCUCUGUGUCGUCUGCCAUCUCUCUCUGGCCUUCCCCACCCAAAACCCAUCUGCAUACGAUGACGUCCGGUCCCUCCAGGUGAACAUCCCCCACUCAGGUCCUGUUUCUGCCCCACUGGGCAGCUCCAUCUCCAUCCCCUGCUCGGUGUCCCUGUCCUCCACACCCACCACCUCCUCCCCCUCCUCCGCCCCUGUUGUACCGCGGGUCAAGUGGACCGUGGUGUCCGGAGGGGUGGAGACGCAGAUCUUGGUGGCAAGUGGUCAGAGGGUGAAGAUCAACGAGGCGUACAGAGGCCGCGCCGCACUGCUCAACUACACGUCCUUCCCUGAUGACCUGUCACUGUGGCUGGGAGAUGUGCGCUCCAGCGACUCGGGCCACUAUCGCUGUGAGGUGCAGCAAGGCCUGGAGGACGCCAGUGAUCUCGUGCAACUCAAGGUCAAAGGUGUUGUAUUCCACUACAGAGAUGCUUUGGGCCGCUAUGCGUUCUCCUUCCAUCAGGCCCAGAAGGCUUGUGAGGCCAUUGGGGCUGAAAUGGCCACUGCUGACCAGCUGCUGGCGGCUUAUUAUGAUGGAUACGAGCAGUGUGAUGCAGGCUGGCUGGCAGACCAGUCUGUCAGGUACCCAAUCCAAGUUCCCCGUGAGGGCUGCUAUGGAGACAUGAACGGGCAACCAGGAGUGAGAAACUACGGGACGAUGGAUCCAGAUGAACUUUUUGACGUUUAUUGUUAUGUGGAACAAGUUAACGGAGAGGUGUUCCACGACUCCGUCCCACAGCUGCUGUCGUUUGCUGAAGCACGGUCAUACUGCAGAGCCGCAGGGGCUGAGAUGGCGACAACUGCACAGCUGUACUUGGCGUGGAGUGAAGGUCUGGACCGCUGCAGCCCCGGGUGGCUGUCUGACGGCAGUGUACGCUACCCCAUCACAACCCCCAGGGAGCGCUGUGGAGGGCCUCAGGCAGGCGUCAAAACCCUUUAUGGCUUCAGCAACCAAACUGGUUUCCCAGAGCCGUCCAGCCUUCACGACGUCUAUUGCGUGAGAGACAACAGAAAUGCUCCCACUGACUCUCCCUUCGACUACAUGGCCACCGAGUCUGAAGACAUCGGACAAGAUGUUGUUAUUCUUACGCGAACAGAUCAAGAGCUGCUCCUGAACCAACAUAAAGAGCAGGUGGAGCGAGAGGCGCUGAGUGUAGUUGAGUCUUUUCCCUUUGUCUCGCGUCCUUCCACUGAGGAAAACCUGGUGGACACACAUCCAACCGAUAUAUCAGACACAACGGAGUCUCCCUUCAACACCACAUAUGUGGACCUCCUUCAGCCAUUUGAUGAAAUGUCAUCUGCUACAGAAAUGACCUCCCACUCCCAGCAUCCUGUGAUGAAUGGCACAAUCAGCAGCACAGAAACCUACAAUGUUCCACAAAAUGCAUCACUGCUGCCCAGUGUUCACAAUGACACAGCCUCCCACCAGAGCUUGAACUUCACCGUUCACCAUUUUGAACCUGAAAACGCCACAGGGUUUCCUGAACUAUCAUACGAGCCUCCCACUCGUAACCAAACAGUACCGGACACCAACCCCGAAGAGCAAACACAACUGUCUGAAAACACCACAGGGUUUCCUGAACUAUCAUACGAGCCUCCGACUCGUAACCAAACAGUACCAGACACCAACCCCGAAGAGCAAACACAACUGUCUGAAAACACCACAGGGUUUCCUGAACUAUCAUACGAGCCGCCCACUCAUAGCCAAACAGUACCAGAUACCAACCCCGAAGAGCAGACACAACUGUCUGAGAGCCCACAGGAUUUCCCAGAAAUACAAGAGACCUAUCUGGAUUUAAUCGGAUCACAAGCCAAUUACAGUGAAACAGACAGAAACCUUACUCAGGAGGAGAAUAUCCUGGAAGCGACAGCAGAAACCUCUGACAACAUCCUCCAGGUGAAGCUGGAGGAGGCAGCAGGAGCACGGCCUGAGCAGAUGUUUCUCUCGACUCAGUCGCCAACAGAGGAAGGAGAACUUCUAACUGCCAACGCUUCAACUUCAUUGUGGCCCGCUCUUGAUGGAUCUGGAGAUAUUUCUCAAGAGAGUGACCUUGACGUUGGAGCUGUCACUUCCAUCACCACAUCAGAUUCUUCCGCUUCUGGUUUCACCACUCACCCGUCACCUUCCGCUUCACCUAGCAGCACUCCGGCUGAACCUCGGACUGCGCUUCCGAAUCCAACGCCUUCCUCUGGGUCACCAAAUACUGAUAGAAUGGGUUUCAGUGUCCUCGCCACAGUAGCACAGUUAUGGGAGACUUCCAUUUCAAAACAGGAGGGAAGUACAAGCUUAGAAUCUGAAGACGCAGUCACAAUAGAAAGUGAGGGAAAACCACUGCAACCAACAAGGGCUCAAGACAUCCUUGUUUCUGGAGCAAAUCUGGCAACCACCGAGUCUUCAGAGGGGCCUGAAACUUCUCAGAUGCCCACCGAUUCCACCACAGUACAGUAUCAGACAUCAGGGUACAAAGUGUAUUGGGACACGGAAACCCUUACUUAUGAAGAGGCAAGUGGACAGGAGCCUGGUGCAGUUACUGCAGUCAUGGGGGUAGACAUUAAAUUUGCUCCAACCGUUGAAGAGGAACUCAGUGUUUCCUCAACCGUUGAAGACGAGGCUGACGUUUCCUUUACUGUUUCUCCCACUCUUAAAGAUGAAGCGAAUGUUUCCCCAACCAUUGAAGAUGAAGCUAAAGAUUCCUUUUCAUUUGAACAGGAAGAUAACGUUUCCCCGACCGCUGAAGAGGACGUGACAAGUACUCCAGUUCUUAAAGAGGAAGACAAAGUUGUACCAACAUUUGAAGAUGAUGUUUCCUUUUCACUGGAAGACAACGUUACAGUUACCCCAACACACGAGGAAGAAACAAAUGUUGCCCCAACACUUGAAGAAGAAGCAGCUAACGUGGAAGAAGCUAACAUUGCCCAAACGCUUGAAGAAGCUAAUGUUGACCCAACCAUUGAUGAGACUGAUGUUAGCCCCACCCAUGAAGAAGCUAACGUGGCCCCAACCCUUGCAGUAGAAGCUAUUGUUGCCUCAGCCCAUGAUGAACAAGCUAGCAUUGCUUCAACCUUAGAAGAAGAAGCUAACUUGGCCCCUUCCAUUGAGGACUUCACCGUCUAUCCUCUUGAUUCUCAAACAUCUAACUGGGCUCUGCUGACAACCACAACUGGACCCCAAGAAUCCCUCAACGGUCUAGAGUACAGCAGGAAAACCUCCCCCACCACCUCCACAGCAGCUCCAGAAUCCACCUCGAGCACAAAGCCCACCAGGGCCACCAGAGCCACGACCGCUGCCACCAUCAAGACCACCACACACUGGUCCAGACGCCCCUGGAGCCCAACCACCACAACCCGGAGAGUUUUCCACAAGACGACAGAGCCCCAGAAGGUGACGCACCUCAUACCACCAGUGGAUCAGGGUCUGGUGGAGGGUGAGUUUAGUCUCACCAAGCCGCCCACCCUGCUUAUCUUGCCCAAUGAGAGGGCAGCUGUGGGCGGUACAGGGAAAUCUUCAGAUGCGUGUGAGGACGACCCCUGUCUCAACGGAGGCACCUGCACGGACAGAGACGGGCAGAUUAAAUGUCUCUGUCUGCCAACAUAUGGAGGAAACUUGUGUCAGACUGACCUGGAGAGUUGUGAACCGGGCUGGGACAAGUUUCAUGGUUUCUGCUACCGACACUUCAGCCAGCGUCUGAGCUGGGAGGUGGCGGAGCAGCACUGUCGCAUACUGGGAGCUCACCUGGUGUCCAUCAUUACCCCAGAGGAACAGAGUUACAUCAACAGCAACUACAAGGAGUACCAGUGGACCGGCCUGAACGAUAAGACCAUCGAGGAUGAUUUCCGCUGGUCUGAUGGCAACCCUCUGUUGUAUGAGAACUGGUACAGAGGUCAGCCGGACAGCUACUUCCUCUCAGGAGAAGACUGUGUGGUGAUGGUGUGGCACGAUGACGGACGCUGGAGUGACGUGCCCUGCAACUAUCACCUGUCCUACACCUGCAAGAAGGGCACCACCUCGUGUGGUCCACCACCAAAGGUCCGAAACACCUCCCUAUUUGGAAAAGCUCGGCAGAGAUAUGAAACCAAUGCAGUUGUGCGUUAUCACUGUGUCGGGGGUUUCCAGCAGAGACUCAAUCCUGUGAUCAGGUGUCUGUCUGGAGGCCUGUGGGAGAGACCACAGAUCAUGUGCAUCCCCGAGGGUGGAGGUCCAACACAGAAUCCUGAUGCGACGUCACCGACCAACAGCAACUUUGCAGCGAUCGAAGACGGUUUUGAAGCCACUAAAGAGACGCCACAGUACUGGGACAUCAAGUUUUAAAAAGUCUGUUGUACUUUUCUUGUCUUCUUUUUUUAAAACUCUGCUGCUGUAACAUGACAAAACAUCUGGGUGCUUUUACCAAUGAACCACGAAAGCAAAGAAAAAUGGGCCACAGACAACUUUUGAGAUGUGUUAACUUAAAAACAUUCCUAUUUUGAUAACCUUGAAAAAUGACCUUGAAAAAAUCCUUUAAAAUAAAAGAAGCGUUGUGACCGUCAGAUAUUUAAAAAGGGGUUAAAGCGAUGAGUCCUUUCCACAUGAAAGAAAUAAAGUAAAUGUGCAAAGUGUUGAGUUUCCAUACCAGUUCCAAAUCUACAAUAAUAACUUUUUUCUAUUUGUUGUUUUUAAUGUCAAAAACCUUUUUAUUAAAUGGUGCUAAUGUCUUCAAACCUUUGUAUCCAACAGAUAUGUUUGUUUUCAGUGUGAUGUCAGAGUAGAGACGUGUACCUGCUUUUAAAAAAAAUCUAUAACUCCAAAGCACAAAGCCAACGUUAACAAAAAAACGAAAUCAUUUUUGUACAUAUAUUAUUAGCUGUCACUCCUGUGAUUGCUGCCGGCAUAUUGAAACCUCUGACUUCCAGCAGACACAGUUUUGUUCGUCAGCUUUAUGUUGUAAUAAAGUUUUGUAGAACAGAGCAAAGAAUAAAUCGUUCUCUUAUUUUACCCUCA